AUGACGUCACCGACGCGGGCCCUGACGUCACGCGGCCCCCCCGACCCCGGCGGGGCCGAAGCCCGGGCGCGGUUCCGAAUCGCGCGGUUCAUCAUGGAGGCGGGUGUGAAGCUGGGGCUGGGCUCGGCCGCCCUGGCCACCGCCUGUGGCUCCUUCCACGCCUUCGUGGCCGCCGUGGCCCCCGGGGACCCCCCGGACCGGUACCUGGUGGCCGCCGCCGCGCUCUUCGUGGCCGCCAAGGCCCAGGGCACCCCCCGGCGCGCCCGGGACGUCCUCAACGUCACCCUCAGAAUCUCCCCCCAUGUCCCCCCCAGGUGUCUCCAGCCCGGCUCCGCCCCCCCGGCCCUGGACGGGAAUUUUUGGGGGCUCCGGGACAGCCUCCUGCAGUGCGAGCUGCUCCUGCUGCGGGUGCUGCGCUUCCGGCUGCCCCUGGAGCACCCCCACAAGUACCUGCUGCAGUACCUGCUGGCGCUGGGCCGC